CCAACAAAGAGAUCACGUGAGCCACUUCAACUACGUCCAGAGCUCAAGCUUGACAUCAUCCUCCAGCGCAGUGUUACAAGCAAUUGUUUCGAGCAUGUCCAGGCAUCAUGGAUGAAGGCGAGCUCUAUCUUUGGAAGGCACCCGAAAGCGAAAAAGAAUCACGCAAGCCCUCAGCGCGUCUGAACCUCACUCGACUCUAUCGUCUCGAUGACCUGGCCUACAGCGUGCGUCGUCAAGAUGAGGAAGGCAACAAGAUCAAUCGACUGUCAAAGACCUAUAAGAACCAGAUAGCUGCUCUGGGUGUGCUGGGCGGUGCGACCAUUCCCUCUGCAACAAGUCGCAAGUAUUUGCUAGACCUGCUCCUCUCUGGCGCUGCGCAGCGGGAUUUGGAAGGAGGCUACAAGCCCUUCACGCGACUCGAGCUAGAUCGCGGAUUUACGCUUCGGCCUGGCGCUCUACAAGGAUACUCGCGAUCCACGAUGACAACGGUUGACUCGAGCAGAAAGACAACGGUUCCCACUGCGCAAGCAAAGCGCUCACCAAAGAGUUUAGAACCUGCCACAGCAAGCACAGCAAAGGAUGGAGAUUCUUCUGAUGACGGCAGCAAGUUCAAAGAGCACGACCGCGAGCGGCGGCAGCGCAAGCUGUUGGCAAAGCAAAUGAAGAAGCGUGAAAGCGAUUUUGCUGGCAAUCCAGAUACCAAAAGGCAACGAGUUGAAUAAGUAUUGGAUGAUUGGCAGGUGCAGUGACUCCUUUGAGUGCUGAUGAUGUUCCCAGCUAGCACUUGGAUGCAAACUGUAACAGCCAAAGUGACUGAAGUGAGUUUACUGUCCGACCUGCUUGCCAAUCUACAUCACUCUCAUUGAUAGAAGGAUGAACACACCAAGACUGCGACCCAAGCAGCAUUGGCGCUGCACUUCUCGGUUGUCC